CCCCUUUUGCCACCCAGCCCACCACGUACACUCUCUCCUGCCUAUGUCUGCUCGGUAUGCUCCCCUUCCGAACCCUCAGUCCGACAUGAACUCAAAUACCGAGAUGGAGGCCGCCUUUGACGACUCGGAUGACGAAGAUCAGCCCCUCGCCGCUCAGGAAACACGUCCUCUCAACCCACAGCCGUCCCAUCCCUCAACACCAGGACCAGGGCCAGGCCCGGCCACCUACGACUUUGAGAACUUUGACUACGCAAGCUUCCCUCCACCGGGCUCGCCCCCAGGGCCCUCGACGAGAGCAUUCUCGAACGAUUGGGGCAACUCGAACGGUCUCAUUCCUUCCACGUCAAACAUUGAUGCAUCGUCGUACGGUCCCCGCAGCACUUGGUGGAGACGCAAGGCGGCGUCUGUCCUGCCGGCGUCGUAUGUCAGGAGAUGGGGCCUUGAUUAUGAGCAUCCCCAGGGCGUCGUGGGCGGUGGUACGAACAACGAUGGCGUGUUCGCCAAUGUGACCGCCAAGCCCUCUCGGCCCAUGCAAAUUCGUGAAGGCGACGAGAUCUUCGUCGUCCCCGAAGAUGCCCAGAAAGAAGUCCCUCCAUCCUACUCAUCAGCCCAAGCCGACUCCGUCCCUCCUUACUGGGAAACGACCGUCCACGCCCCGUCCUCACCCGGUGCCUUCGGCGAAAUGAUCAUCGACGCUCUACCCACAGGCUCCCUCUUCUCCUUCCUCUGGAACAUGCUCGUCUCGAUAUCCUUCCAAUUCGUAGGUUUCCUCCUCACCUAUCUCCUGCACACAACGCACGCCGCCCGAUUCGGUUCCCGCGCCGGUCUCGGCGUCACACUCAUUCAAUACGGGUUCGCCCUCCGUGGGGCGUCGUCGGGCAGUGGCAGUGGCAGUGGUGGUGGAGACGAUGCGAAUGCGGACAGUUGGGGUGGGUGGAGUUUCAGGGGCGCGCAGGGACAGGGUGCGGGUGAUGUGGCGGACCCGAAACCGACGUUUGAUACGUUGGCGGAGGCGGAGGAGUAUUAUAGGAAUAGGAAUGUGACGAUGGUGGAUGGGGUGCCGACGAGUACGAGCACUGGGAUGGUCGAUCCUGGGACGCAGAUGGCGAUGGACCAGAUGACGAUGGUCAGCGAUGCGACGACGGAUUGGAUCUCGUUCUUCCUCAUGACUAUCGGAUGGUUCAUUUUAUUGACAUCUGUGCUGGGCUUCUGGCGUGUCAAGCGCUGGGAAAGCAACAUCAUUGCUUCGCAGCGCGAGAAUGCAGGGCCAGGAACCGCCGCCGACGCUCAACAACAAUCUCAAGCCAUCGCUUCCUCCCUCCAACGCGUCUUCGGUCUCCCCCGCCGACAAGAUAUCUCCGAGAUGUUGCGCACCGGGCUCGGGUUCUCUUCCCGACGGAGAGACGGAGGAGAAGACAGCAGCAGCAGCAGCAAUGCGCGCGGUGGAUUCGACCUCGGGAUCGAGAUCGACGAGGAGGAUGCGAGGCGUGGGCAUGAGGAGGAGGAGGUGGACGAGGCGAGGGAGAGGGAGAUAUUGGAGAGGGAGAGGGAGGAGAUGUUGCAGAUGUAUGCGCAUGAUCCGGAGAGACAGAGACAGCUUGUGCAGAGCUUUAGAGACGACGAUCAGUUGUUGGCGAAUAUGAGGGCGGCGGGGAUGCUUUGAUUUUUUUUUUCGAACUCCUUCUGCCUUCUCCCUUCGUAUUUUACUCUCUCGUUCGUUCGUUCGUUUUUUCAGUCGGUUGUAUUGUGCUGCUGUUUAUUCUCUCUCUCUUUCGUCUGUGUAUACAUGCGCUCUCCCUCCCGCUUGGGGAUGAUUCAGAUUCUAGACGAUAUACGUCGGUGUCGAUAAGGUGUGUUAUUGACGAUAUCUAUAACUCAACCCUCGACGAUCUGCACCUUCUCAUCUCUUCUCAUCUCAUCUCAUCUCCCUCGGGACUAAAUCCAGCCCCAUCAUCGGACAUCCCUUCACUAUUUGUCUCAUCCCCUCAUCUUUCACCUGGCGCCUCCAUCCACGUCACCUACAUAAUCCAUUGAGACACACACUUGCACCCUCCCUUGACCUUCCACUAUCAUAACCCUACAUAGAUACACACAUACAUACACACAACCAGUCGAAAGAAGAUUCAAGAGUAGCAGUCCCCCCGUUCUCGUCAGUGUACAAUUAGUCUUAGUCUUACUUAUUCACGAUUCACGCUUCGCUUUACAGUCGUCACAGUUGAAAAAUCCGUUACUUAACCUACUUAUACCGCUCUCUCCCUCUCUUCCCUCCUCUACCUCCCUGUGCUCUAUCUCUUUCACGGGCCGUUACAACAUCUCAACUUGCAACUUGUGGACCCUCUCUGUCUCGUCUCGCCGAUCCUAGCCACUCA